CACAUUCGCGUCCUGGAUUCGAGGUUAUUACACCUGAAAAAGGGGCUGGUGCACAUGACACAGUGACCUUUGACCCCGAAAAUAAGCUUUGUUUGUCCUCUACAGCUAGCUAGUCGGCCUACCUCUCUAUUUAACUUGUUGCUGGUUUCACAAUGAUGGAUAGUGAGGACUUGAAUGCCCCAGACUUGGGGGAGGAGGUGGCUGCAAAGGAACGAUCAGCUACAGUGGACUUGGAGACUGACACCUCUCUCCUUGUAGACAUCUCUGAUGCACUCAGUGAACAAGAGAAGGUCAAGUUCACCGUGCACACUAAGACAACUCUCAAAGUGUUCAAGAAGACAGACUUCACGACUGUGAGGGACCAUGCUGAGUUCUUGUGGCUUCAUGAUCGCUUUGUAGAGGAUGAAGAGUACGCUGGAAUCAUUAUCCCACCAGCUCCUCCGAAACCAGAUUUUGAUGAGCCUCGACACAAACUGGCCAAGCUUAGAGAAGGCGAGGAAACCAUGACCAAGGAAGAGUACACCAAGAUGAAGCAAGAACUUGAAGCGGAGUACCUGGCUACCUUCAAGAAGACAGUUGCCAUGCAUGAAGUGUUUCUUCAGAGGCUGGCAGCUCACCCUGUGUUGAGGACUGACCGCAACUACCAGGUCUUCCUCGAGUUUGAUGGAGAUCUGAGUGUACGCAGCAAGAACACUAAAGAGAAGCUAGGUUCCCUGUUCAAAGGAUUCUCCAAGAGCAUUGAUGAAUCUUUGGUGCUCAAGAGCUACAAAGAUGUGGACUCGUGGUUCGAAGCAGAGAAGAAGUUCCUUGAUGAAUACCAUGCCAAAGUACGUGAUGCCACUAAGGCAGGGGACAAAGUUACCAAGGCCCACAAGAGACUAGCUGACUCAUACAUUGGAGUGUCUGCUUAUGUUAGCCUCCUGUCAGUGGGCAAGGAUGACCCUCUAGCUGGAUUGUAUCGCAAGACUGGUGACAGCUAUGAGAAGAUUAGAAAACUUGAGGGGCGCGUCACAUCUGAUGAGGACUUGAAACUCUCUGAUCUCCUUCGCUACUAUGAGCGUGACUCUCAAGCUUGCCUCGACUUGCUGUAUCGACGAAUGAGGAGCCUGGCCAACUACGAGGCUGCCAAUAAGAAACUAGAGACAGCUAAAGUCAAGAACAAAGGAGUAAGUGAGGCAGAGACUAGCCAGCAGACAUGCAGCACCAAGUUUGAGAAGCUGUCAGACACUGGAAAGCAAGAGUUACUGUCUUUCAAGGAACGAAGAGUGGCAGCCUACAAGAAAAAUCUGGUGGAGCUGUCUGAGCUACAGAUAAAACAUGCUAAGUCACAGGUGGCAGUACUGCGCUCAACACUGGCAGCUAUAAAGGAACUCUAACGGGUUUUGUUUCUCACUAACUAAUGUUAGCAUCUUUGUGUAUAAUUAUUAUAGAUCACUUUAUUUUGGAUUGUAGAUCUUUGUAGCCGUUGUAUCGAACGUUUUUUUGAUUAAUACGAUUUUUGUCCCACGA